AUGAAAGCAAUUUUCAAAUGGAAAAGAAGCUUUCAAAUGAAGUUUGCCACUCAAUAUAUUCGACCAUCAUCAUCACAAUUGCUGUCGAUGAAGCAAUUUUCUUUCGUCUUCGAUUUUGCAGAUUCAUUAAUGGCUCAAAUAAAUAAUGUGAAAGAUGAGAUGAAGCAAAGAUCAUGUAAUGAUUAUUGUUUAUUUUAUCAAACAGUGACCACCAAUAAUCCUACUUUGAGCAAUCAACAAACCACCCAAGCUCCACAGCGUGAGUUUGCUUUAAUUCAAUCAAGUCGAAGUUCUGUGAAUGAUGCCGUCAAACUCCCCACAUUGCAAUUUGCGAUUAUAACUCAAAAAGAAGAAAUAAAAAUCGAGUUGGGCUUGGGUUUGAGACGAACGAACGACAGCAUAAAAGAGAUGCAGAGGAGAAAAACAGUAAAGUAA